UAGCAGUUCGCUGCGAAUGGAAGUGGCGACUUGCAGCAGGGCAGCUGUGGCGGUGAAGGAAGUGACAGGAGUCAGCAUUUGAGUUGUCUCUUUCUCCUCCCCUUUCUGGAUCCAUUGGUUUUGCGCUGAGGACGAGCUCACGCGAGCGGCAAGGUGCUUAUCACAGAAUAUUCACAAUGGGAAAUGCAGAAUCAAAUGAGCCUUUGAAUGACUCUGAAUCAGAACCUUCAGCAUUGAAACAAGCCCAGGCUCAAAGCAAUACUGAGGUUAUUCAGAAUGGUACAACUCAGCAAAAUACUGUUCAAGAUAAGAGCGAAAAUGAUUUCUGGCGACUUGAUUACCUGAUGAGGAAAUUGCAUUUAAAAUCCAGAAAUAACAAAGCAGAUGUUGAACAGGACCCUGAGACGUUCACAUCACAGAAAACAAUGGAGAUGAGCCCCGGUGCCAAUGCAGAGGAAAAAGAACCAGUGAAAUCUGCAAAGGCUGAUUUGAAACCGAAAUUUUCAUUCUCCUUGUAUCGCUCUGUACCAGGGCGUACUGAUGACCCUCCUACAGAGCCAAAAUCAGAAACAGCUAAGCUCCAGACCAAUCAAAAGGACUUCUCGGUGAACACAGUAUCUAUUGAUAAAGUGAAUCUUCAACAAUCCUCCACACAAAAGGGAGGUUCUACUCAAAAGCAACAGCAGCCCUCUACUGAUAUUGCUGAACCUGCUGAAAAAGAAGCAGAACAACCAAAGCAAAAAGAAAUAAGCUUUUUUGACAAACUUUUCAAACAGGGUGAUAAAAGCAAAUCAGUUGAUGGGCACCAGGGAGAUCUAAAAACUGCUGAAAAUCGGGACCUAACAGCAGCCGAUAAGGAAGAUACUGAACUAAUAUACAGACGGGACAACUUCCAUCAGUACUUGGAAACUGGUGAUGGUAACAAGGAUUAUAUGACAUCAUCCAAUGGUGAUAACAUAUCUCAAAAUCCAGCAUCUGCCAAAUCAUCUGAGAAGGAUACUGAGAAGGAACAUAAAACAGGGACGCCUGCAGAUGAUAAUUCUGUCAUGAAUUUCUUCAAAACACUUGUGACUCCAACGAAGUCCUCUACCAAGAUAGAGCACGACUCACAUCAGGCAUCUGAUGAAAAGAAAAAAGUAAAUGGUGAACACAAGGAACCAGCAGCCAAAGCCCACAAAUUAGAACAACAGAGGGUAUCCAAGACUAAAGGUACAGAUUCCGCUGAUGGAGCAAAAUCAGAAAAGUCACCAAUACAAAGUCCAUUUGGAAAAUUGUUUAAGCAAAAAACUAUCAAGGAAUCACAGUUUGAACAAGAAAAUGUGGCUAGUACUCCUAAUAUGAAAGCAGAAAAGGGCACGUCACAACCACAGAAACAGAUUUUCAAGCAGGGAAGUAAAGAUUCUGAAGUUGCACAGCAAAUUAAGGCUGAAGAAGAAGUUAAACCAGCCAAGAAGGGCUUCCUGAAUUUCUUCAGACAGACGGAAUCAGACCUGACAGAUGAACCUGCAAAAAAGGAAGUCGAAAUAGGGGAAAAUUCUGUGCAACUACCAAAAAAGGCCAGCGACAAUUCAAAACAGAAAAAGUCAAUCCCAGAGGGCAAAGAAGAAACUUGGAGAACAAAAUCUUUGGAAGUGCUUCCUCCCACACAACAACCAAGCACUAUUUCAGAACCAAUAGCAAAUGGCAGUAAUAACAAAACCAAAGAAACGUCUGAGAAGAGAACAGAAAAGAAGCAAUCAUUUGGGAUGUUCCUAAAACAGUUGGGAGGGAAGAAGACAGCAGAUGCUGCCGUGCAGACAGAUCCUGUUGUUAUCCAUCCUGCAGGGAAAACGAAGUGAUUCUGGCCUGCAACAGCUCCACUCCACCCCCAGGAAGCUUGGCAACAUGCAAUACUACUCGGUGAACUCGCAGACCACACACAUCUCUGACUAGCCCUUUUGUAUCUUUAUGAAUCAGGAUGUGCCCAAGAAUAUCAUCUGAAUUUUAUUUCAGUUAAUUGAUUAAGAGACUUGCAGCAACUAUCUGAACUUUUUACAUUACAUUUUUAGAUUUAAAUUACAUAAUUUUCUAUGUAUUAGAUAAUUUCACUAAUGGUAUUGGUAAUUAGUUUUAAUUUUUUUUAUAAUAACAUCAAAUACUUAAUACAGGAAAACAUGCUGCUUCUCAUAUUUUUUCAGGGCACUUGCAUAUCACAGGGUUGAAAUAUCAUCGCAAACCAGCAGUACUGAGCUAAAGUGAUUCAUUAUCAUCGUCAUUAACUUGUCUUCUUGAACACCCAAUGGAGUAAAAAACAAACUACUGGGGGGAAGCUCAGCAGGCCAAUCAGCAUCUGCGAAGGAAAGGGGUGGUGUAUGUUCUGGGUAAAGACCAUGAAUCAGGACCAAGAAAGUAGAGGGAACGUGCUAUAUAGACGUAAGAAGGUGGGCUGAUACAGAGGCUGGGGAAUGAUUGGUGCAACCAGAUGAGGGUGGGGAUGGAGCCAGGUGAAGAGGUGGAAGAGAUGGUGUAGAAUCAGAGACUGGUAAAUGAUAGGUACAAGUACUCCCUCCCUUACUAGUUCCAUCUGCCUAAUCUCCCCCAAUCUCCCUACCCCAUUAUCUGGUUACACCUUCCGCGCACCAGCCUCCAUCUCUACAUCCCCUCCUCCACUGCCCGACACCAUCUGCCUGUCAUCUUACCCUAUCCCUUUCAUCUGGUUCCACAUACCAGCCGCGGUUCCAUCAUGCCCUUCACUUCUACGUAUAUACUGGCUUUCUAUCCUCUGUAGUACCCUCUGUAUCCUGAUUAAGGUCAAGAUCUGAUACGUUGAUCACCUCCUUUGCCCUCACAGAUACUAUUUGAGUUCUCCCAGUGCUUUAGUUUUCGCUACAUCUGCAGUUUUUUGUAUCUCCACACCCAAUAAAGUAGUUCAUUAUAAUGCAGUGAAGUUAAUACAUAUUCCAUUUGCUGCAAUGGUGACCUGAUAGUGGCUUACAGACAAGCUUUAGCAAAUUAUCUCCACUCAGUAGUAGGAUGCCAUGUAGAUAAGUUAAUGCAUUUUGAUCUGCCUCCAAAAUUCAUUCCACUGAAAUUUAUUCCAUAUUUAGUAUUACCAACUUGGAAUAAAUUUCUUUACAAUUUUCACUCUAGAUGUUAUAUGGCAAUGAAUGUUUUGAGUAUAUUAACAAUAAGUACUAUGUACCAGGUUUGUGAUUAGAUUUGGGAUUAAAAUUGCAUCCUAACAUUGUUAUUUUAAACGUUGUUAAAAAUUAAAUUGAAUCAAUGCUCCUAAAAAUGCUUAACCAUUACUACAAAAUAACCCUGGUGGAAGAAAUUCAAUAUAGGUUGUGUCCGUACACCAGGGGGCAACAAAAACCUUAAUUUGAAGGAAAGAGGAUUUGACUAGUUUUUCACACUUUUGUUUUAGAUGGAUUUUCUUUCAAAUGAUUUCAAAACAGAUAAAUACAAGUUGGCAUGAUGAUAAAAUUUAAUUAUUUCUGAUACUUUAAAUAUCAAAAGGUGAAGUAUCACACAAAUGUUUGGAGAAAAACUCAGGGUUCGGUAAAGUUUUCUAAAAAGUUCAAAGGUCAAAGUUCAAAAUUCAAAGUUUAUUUAUCAUCAGAGCACAUAAAUGUCACCAUAUACAGCCCUGAGAUUCAUUUCCUUGCAGGCGUACUUCAUAAAUCCAAUAGCCAUAAUGGAAUUAACGAAAGACUGCACCAACAGGGUGGACAACCAGUGUGUAAAAGAUAUUAAACUGUGCAAAUACAAAAAUAAAGAAAAAAUUAAUAAUAAUAACAAUAAUAAAUAAACAAGCAAUAAAUAUUGAGAACAUGAAAUGAAAAGUCCUUGAAAGUGAGUCCAUAGAUUGUGGGAACAUUUCAAUGAUGUGGCAAGUGAAGUUAAGUGAAGUCAUCCCUCUUGGUUCAAGGUCCUGAUGGUUGAGGGGUAAUAAGAUUUCCUGAACUUGCUGGAUUGAGUCCUGAGGUUCCUGUAUCUUCUUCCUGGUGGCAUCAAUGAGAAGAGAGCCUGACCUGGGUGGUGGGAAUCCCUGAUGAUGAAUGCUGCUUUCCUGCAACAACACUCCAUGUAGAUAUGCUCAAUAGUGGGGAGGGCUUUACCCAUAAUGAACUAGACCACAUCCACCACUUUUUGUAAUAUAUUCUGUUCAUGGACAUUGCUGUUUUCAUACCAGACUAUGAGGCAGCGAGUCAAUAUACUCUCUACCACACAUCUAUAAAAUUUUGACCAAGUUUUAGCUGUCAAGUUGAGUCUUUGCAAACUCCUAAGUAAGCAGAGGCACUGUCAUGCUUUCUUUGUAAUCACACUUAUGUGCUGGGCCCAAAACAGGUCCUCUGAAAUGAUAAUACUGAGGAAUUUAAAGUUGCUGACCCUCUCCACCAUUGAUCCACAAUGAGUAUUGGCACAUGGACCUCUGGUUACCUCCUCCUAAGAUCAAUAAUCAGCUCCUUGGCCUUACUGACAUUGAGCAAGAUGUUGUUGUGGUACCGCUCAGCCAGAUUUUCAAUCUGCCUCCUAUAUGUACACUGGAAAUUAAUGUAUAAUUUGACCAAUUGAAUUAGAGUGAAAAAUAAAUUAAAAUAAGUUAAACAAAUAAUUAUUUUAUGCUUUAAUAUUCAUAGCUAACAAAACUAUCUUUGGUUAGUUUCUGGCAAUAGUUCAACAAAGUUGUAAGUUAAAACCAAAAUAAUAUUAUUUUAUUAUAAAAUAAUUAUGCUAUAAAGCUUUCGUCAUGUGUUAAUUAUGCUAUUAAAACAUGCAGAGAUUCAGGAAUUGUCGCCAACUGAUUAUGAACUGUUUUUCCUUUGGGCAUUUCCUUUCAGGCUCUGUGCUUGCAUUCUUUCAAUUCAUUUAUACACAAUUCAUUGUUAUUUAGAGCAAUUAAAAUUAUUUUUACUGUUCAAAAUCCUACUGGUAUCCUUGUGUUUAAUAAAAUAACCAUUUUAUCAGAUGUCCAUUCAAAUUUAGCAGUCCUGUCUAACAUCUGUAAAGUGUUACCUUUAGUCAAUUCACUAUUGAAAUCAAUCAGUACUUAAGUUUAUAGCUGCAGACAUUUU